AUGUUGAGUCAAAAGAAAAUCAGAUUGUGAUGAAUUGAUACGCAAUCUAGAAGGUAGAGAAUGAUCUGGAUCACGUGUGAAAAGUCGUGAGGAAAAGUAGUUUAGCGCGGUUGCCGCCAAGAUUGCGCCAAAAUCGAGUCUCUCUCGCACACUCCUGCAAGACGAUUUCAACCGCCACUCGACCAGCAAGUCGCUCGACCAUCACAUCUUUAUCCGUCUCCUCAGCAUCAAGCAACAGCUCAAUACACCCUAAUCAGCCGAUUCUGAUUCGAACACACCGUCAAAAUGGUUCUCGCAGUCGAUCUCCUGAACCCAACGCCUCAGGCUGAGGCCCGCAAGCACAAGCUCAAGACCCUUGUCCCAGCUCCUCGAUCAUUCUUCAUGGACGUCAAGUGCCCCGGCUGCUUCACAAUCACCACCGUUUUCUCACACGCACAAACCGUCGUUGUCUGCGCCGGCUGCUCAACGGUCCUCUGCCAGCCCACCGGUGGCAAAGCCAGACUCACAGAGGGCUGCUCAUUCCGAAGAAAGUAGACGACUCAGCAUGGUGUGAUAUUUGAUGGCAUAUUUGCUUGAUAGAAGAUGGAUUCCCAGGCUUAUCACCGAUAUCACGAUGAUUCGGAGUUCCGGAUAUCUUGCAAAAAAGACUUGACACAUGGCGGGGAAAUGUCAUUGUUUUUUUAACGACCAACAGCGUAAAGGAUGCUUUUUGUCAACACGCAUGGGGGUUACUUUACGAAAAAGUCUUUUCAGCUUGGGAUGACGGGCAGAGGCAAAAAGAGUCUGCAUGAACAUACGCUUCGUUGUUAUGUGAGGACGGCAGAUCUUGAUGUUGAGGAGGCCAACGACCUUGCGUUCAGGCUGGAUCAUGGUGCAAGAUGGAUAGUCAUGUACUUGUAGUACAGCGGCAAGCAAUAAAAUCUUCAACAAAGCA